CACCAACUGCAGCUGUCCAGCACCACAACCAUGGCAGCCCCGGCCUCCGCGUACAAAGACCGGCAAUUCCUCGCCGUGAUUGGCGAUGAGGACACAGUAACGGGCAUGCUGCUCGCCGGCGUCGGCCAUGUGACGCAGCCCCCGGACGCGCAGAAGAACUUCCUAGUCGUAGACGCGAAGACAGAGAACAGCGCCAUCGAGGCAGCAUUCGACCGCUUCACCACCGAGCGCAAGGACAUCGCAAUCUUGUUGAUAAACCAGCAUAUCGCCGAAAAAAUAAGACAUCGUGUCGAGGCCUACACCGCCGCUUUCCCCUCGCUGCUCGAGAUCCCGUCCAAGGACCACCCGUACGACCCCGAAAAGGACAGCGUACUCAAGAGGGUGCGCAGGCUGUUCGGAGAGUAGACACAGCCUGUAGUGAUCUGGCGAGGUGGUUGGACAGGAUGGUUGCAUAGCAUGGUAGAUGAUAUCCACGUUGAAUACAUACCGUAACGUACGUCUGUGCUUUGGGUUGAGACAUGACAUACUAUGUGGACUUCAAUGUUCUUAAGAGGGCAGAUCACGGUGAACAAGAAGGUGU